AAUACUAUGGAAGGGUAAAUUAUGCCCCCCCUCGCUCAUCCAGCCAAUGAGAGAAGAUGUAGGCGUGACUUAACGCGCGCACUGUAUAAAUGUAGGGCCGCUCGCUCUGCGCGUGACCGACGUUCCUUGUUUUGGGUUUGGCGGAUUAACCGAAACAGAAAAUCACUGCUUCAUUAGAGUGCCAUGGCACGUACCAAACAGACUGCCCGUAAAUCCACUGGUGGUAAAGCCCCCAGGAAGCAGCUGGCCACCAAGGCGGCCAGGAAGAGUGCGCCGUCUACAGGUGGAGUCAAGAAGCCCCACAGAUACCGUCCAGGAACUGUGGCUCUUCGUGAGAUCCGUCGGUACCAGAAGUCCACAGAGUUGCUGAUCCGCAAGCUUCCGUUCCAGCGUCUGGUUCGUGAGAUUGCUCAGGAUUUCAAGACCGACUUGCGUUUCCAGAGCGCUGCCAUUGGCGCCUUGCAGGAGGCAAGCGAAGCAUAUCUGGUGGGUCUGUUUGAGGACACCAACUUGUGCGCCAUCCACGCCAAACGUGUCACCAUCAUGCCCAAAGACAUCCAGUUGGCCCGUCGAAUCCGUGGAGAGCGUGCUUAAACUUUACCAUUUACUCAACUUUUUUUUUUUUUUUUUUUGUGUGUGUGAAGGAAUAUAUGAGGGAGGGGUUUGUUGUGUGGGGGGGUUGGGUGGGAGGGGCAUUGGGGUUCUUACACUCUUGACUAUAAAUGCCUGUGUAGUUUAAGUUUAUUUUUUUUUUUGUAAUUUUUUUUUUUUUUUUUUUUUGGUAGUUGCGGUAGGGGAGGGGGUAUCUUGUGGUUCAAGCUGAUAGUAGGGGGGGCAGCGUCAGAACAUUCCGGGAGCUCCUCAGGGUUUUAAAGUUUGUAUUUUAGACUUUCAUAUACCUCUGCCUAGUCUGCAUGCUUCAUGAUGAAUUAGAAUGUGUCCAUUUUAUUUCUAUCGUUAUUAUAUUGGGUUUCUCUUCUAUUGUGGCCAUUUGGUUGUAAAUAAACUUUCCACUACCUCAA